UUCGAGUUUGACAUUUGCUGUCACAACAAAUCGAAGAAGACGAAACGCAUGAUUUGAAUUUCAAUUCCUCCCCACCACGAAAGACCAGCUUUCACCAUGGGCACGGCUAUGUUCGCUCGGGUUACCUUUUACCCAACGCUUCUGUACAAUGUGGUGAUGGAACGGAUGACCAGCAGGCGCUGGUAUGACAGGAUGGAUGAUACAGUCAUCCUGGGGGCACUCCCUUUUACGGGGAUGACAAAACAGUUGGUUGAAGAGGAAAACAUUAAAGGAGUGGUCUCCAUGAAUGAGACAUAUGAAUUAAAGAUAUUCUCCAAUGAUGCUGAGAAAUGGCGUGAACACAACGUGGAGUUUCUGCAGCUCGCCACCACAGACAUAUUCGAAGCUCCCGACCAAGAUAAACUGUAUGAAGGUGUACGAUUCAUUAACAGGUUUCUCCCAGCAGGCUGUAAGCUACCCGGCAUGCCAGCGGAGGGAGUGAACAGUGGCACCGUCUACGUGCACUGCAAGGCGGGCCGCACGAGGAGCGCCACGCUCGUGGGAUGCUACCUCAUGAUGAGAAACGGCUGGUCGCCCGACGAAGCUGUGGAAUACAUGAAGGCCCGCCGUCCCCACAUACUGCUGCACACCAAGCAGUGGCAGGCACUCGAUAUAUUCUACCGCCAGCACGUGCGGACGUAGCCUAAUACGCCUUAGUCGAAUGUGUGGAUGGGACUUUAUAAUUAGCGAUACACUUGCAUAAAGUAUUUUUUUUACUGUCUGGAUCUUGCUGUGUAUUUUCGAAAGUGAUAAUCUUGUACAAUGGUGUAAGGACAUAAGGAGCACGAUCUCUUAUCAAAAGUUGAAAAAGUGUCCAGCAAAAACAGUAGGUAAUGAAUAGUUCAAAAACCUAACCUAAAAUUCUACUAUCUAUGGUUUUUACAAGCAGACACAAUUAUUUGUAUUUAACCAAUAACUACGGUUUGGUUUAUUUUAUUGUAAAUAAAAUUGUUUAUAACUUAAUGUUAUUUUAUUAUAAUUUAUACAAAUAAAUUAUUUUAGAAAUAUC